CCGCGACCUCUGCCAGGCUGGUCAGGGGCACCAUGUCUGGCCGGGACACACCAGAGAGUGACCAGCACAAGCAUCUCAAUAGGGAACUGGUCUCCUCUGAGGUAGAUCAAACUCCUGCUUCCCUCCCACACCCUGAUGCCACCAGUGGUCAGGCAGCAAAAUACAGCCAGGGGACAAUGAGAGAAACCAAUGUAAAUACUCAAAACUUAGUCAAAUCUGAUGAGAAAUGUACAGAAAGCUCAAAAUCUCAAGAGACUGAAGCUGAAGGUGUAUCAGGCAUCCAGUUAGAGAGAGUCAGACUCCUACAAGGCACUUUAGGGGAUGAUGGCAAGGCUGAGAAUGCAGAAAGUGACAGUUCUUCCAUCACGACCUCCGAGGAUAAAGUUGGAGAUGCUGUGAUGCACAUCUUCUCCAUUCGCUUAACUAAGGGGGAUAAUCAGGGGGAACCACGGCCAGGAUUAGACAGCGAAUCUCAGCCAGCAGCCUUAGGAACAGCCAGCACACAGCUUCCUCUUCCCAUUGACGUGACCCCAGGCAAACCCAGAAGCAAGGCUAAGAGACAGAAGGGCCUUGGUGCGGCAAAGGAUGGCAAGGACUCUGAUUCCUCUGUUUCCUCAAGGAAGAAAACGUCCAAGAGCAAAACGAAGAUCAAGUCCAAAUUUGCUGCUGGGAGUCUAGAGUACAUUGAUGAAAGAUUGUGUGGGCGAAUCUUCUCAGGCUGGGUGGAGGAACGGCAGUGGGUGGAGAGCUUAGGUGGCUACAGGGAUAUCAUAGAAGUGGAUGAGUGGGAAGUGGAAAUGAACCACCAGCUACAGGCCAUCAUCUCCAGCAUCCAAGGCGUGCAGGAAGGAACCAAGUGGAUCAACAUUACUCCCCCCAGUGAUGCUCCUUACUACCGCCUGUGGGUGUUGCUGGAGGCACCCCCAACCCCUGGCCACUACUGGUACAGCAUUACAGGGGUAAAGCUGCAGCCUCAGUUUGGUCUCAUGAUCUCAGUGAAAGAAAUCAGGACUAUUCACCCUCACGACGGGGAGCUGGCAGCAGCGAGGCGAGCACGUAUCAAGAAAGCUUCCCAAGGCGAAUCAAGAAAUGAGCUAGAGAGUAUGAGUGACUUGCUUCAGGACUGGAUGCAUCAGCUUUCCAGUCUGAGGCCAGCCACUGUCCUCUCUGCCAUCACCUCAAUAUUAACUUUAUCCAAUAUCAAAGAGGCAAUUAGGUUCCUGGUUGUGCUGGUAAUGACGGUGGUGAUAGGUCUGGUAACCUUUGUGAGAGAGUUUCAUGUGGUGGGCUUACGGUUCAUCAGAGAGGCGGGAAUCUUCUUUCACAACGCAACACCUUUUCUUCAGACUUGUUUAGGGUUCUUUGAAAAAAUAGUUGGUGGCCUGUACCUGCUGGUGGCAAUGGUGUACCGGGACUUCCGUAGGCCCAGCGCUCCACCUCCUUCCUUUGGUCCUCCUCCUCCAGCCCUGACCCCCAGUCCCCCACCCAGACCCCCCAGCGGCCCAAGAGCAAUCCAGUACGUUUCUCCACAGCGCUGGGUUGUUAAAGCACAAAAUAAUGAGUUUACCUAAUCAUGGAGGCUUUUAGGAGACUAUAUCCAAAUGUAUGUGAUAUAUACAUAUAUCUUAUAUUUGAUGUGGCCAGAGUUACAGGUGGGUGUAGUGUAGGUGUGCACUUGUUGCAGUAUAGUUGUUUUGGAGAUGCAGUGUAACUUUUGGUACCUGUGAGAUAGUCAUUGCUUGUGUUUUAAUUAUUGGGAUGUGUUUUGUUAUAUUGCACCCUGACAACAUGUAUUUCCUUCCCAGGCUGUACACUGCAGCACUAACUUUCUGUGAUCUGGAUUUUUAAUUAGCACUGCAUGUCAUUUCUUAUUUCUAUGUGACAGAAAUUGUCUUUUCCCUUUUAAGUGAAUGUGAAUUAUUAGUAUGGCUUAAUAAUAUUGUUACUAAAUUUGCUCUUUACUUACAUUACAUUUACUACUACAUGAUUUCAGUGUCUGUACAUUCAGGGAAACUCUCACUCUUAUGACACUGCCUUCAAGAGAGAAUGCCUCCUCUUCAGCAGCAGGCAGCCUGGACCAAAUACUCAUGGCAUGCCACACACACACACACACACACACACACACACACACACACACACACACACACACACACUACACUACACUGUGAGGUCCCUAAGGAUGGUGUGGUGUGUUGAGGUCAAAAGAUAUUGAUCUAGUACUGUGAGCUUUCAGAGGACAUCAAGGUUAGAAGUAUAGAAUGGAAAACAUUGAGGAACAUGGAGCUUCUUUUGACCACUAGCUGACUUUGUCAAUUUACAGUGUUUUCCUUUUUGAAGUUUACCUGCCAUGGUGAGCAUCUCAGAACUGUUAGUUAUUGGUUGUAGUAAUGAUGAGAAUAGUGUCUACAGGGAUUGCCACAUGAAGGCCUGAAGGCUCCUUGCAGCUUCCCUGAUUUUUAUAUGUUCUUAUGUCUCAAACUGUCAGCAAUUUUAUCUAAUUUUCAUUAAUGUUGUGUCAAGAACAGAAUUUUCUUAUGUACCUGGCUCAUGUGAUUUUAUCUUUGCUAUAAAAUUACAGUUGGAGCCAUGUAGUAAUGCAGGACAGAUAAUGAGGCAGAGAUCCUAGUUCAUUGUUGUACCUCUCAACAUAUUUCAGUGGUACUUGUGCUGAAUGUGUAAACUCAGGCAGGGGAAACAGUGGUGACAAAGCCAGCCGUGGUAUUGGUGGACCAGUGAAGGAACCCUUGGAUCACACCUUGGUUUUUGAACAGGGACAAACUCAGUGUGCUGUAUCUGGCAUUGGGUAAUAAUUGCUAUGAGCUGUGCCUUGAAACAAUACUAAAGAUUAAUUAUCAUACACUUAGUACUAGUCAUGGAGAUUAUUAUCUUUGUAUAUGGUUAGGAAAUUAAUAAAUAACUUUACUCAA